AUGAACCAAAAAAUAAAAACAAUCAUCCCGAUCAUCAUAAUUUUCACCGGCCUUUCUCUGUGGAAAUCUGGAAGUAGGUUACGCUAUAUAACAAGCACCUCCAUUGUUGCUUUUGACGACAACAACAACAGCAACAAUCAUGAAAUCAACAACAACAAUGACAACAACAAUAAUAAUAGCAGUAAAAAUAACAACUACGUUAAUGAUAAGACAGCUAACAAUCUAGCCGAGCCACACAACACAACAACAACAACAACAACAACAACAUCACCAAUCCCGACGACGUUCACAACAAAACCGAGAUUCGAACCCCCGGAGAAACCAGACAAACCAAUCCUGAUUCUCUUCACAACAUUCAAAGACGACCCGAAGAGCGUGCACCAUCGCUUAGCGCACAAAAUCGUCGCGAAAAAUUGGGCUUCUUUUGGCCUUGAGUACAUAAAACCUGUACUUUUUACAAAUUCCUCUCUAGCACCUAAAAUCUACGACCCAGCUACCGCCCCGAAACACGACGAACUACCAUUUGAUGCUUCGCUGGCAGAAAUCGCCUUAUCCCACGGCUGGGAUAUUUUGAAAAUUCCCGAAGUUAAUAAUCACGGAACGCCCUACCUGAAGCCAAUGUUUAAGGAGAUAUUUCAGAAGUACAAUGCUACUUAUUACGGAUUUGCCAACGGCGAUCUAUUAUUUGACGACGGGUUUCUACGUUCUCUGUAUUUCGUGAAAAGCUACCUACAACACCCGCUGAAUAACAAUGUUCUUCUAGUUGGAAGGCGAACAGACGUUCCUCUUUACAGCAACAACACGGUACUACCCUACCAGCAGCCAACCACAACCACCAUAACCACUCCGACGACUACCACUACUGCCGAUUCACCUGGAAAAUUUCCGUUACCUCUUCAAAAUACCACUGCGAGUAAUAGUAGUAGUAGUAGUAGUAGUAGUAGUAGUAGGGUGGUAACGUACCAGUAGCAACAACUGCACCACUGGUUACCACAAUGAAACCGAUUGUUCUGACGUCAGAGAUGUUCCAAAAGUUUAUCGAUUAUUUUGCUAAACCGAAUCUAGCAAAACUCGCUAGAGGUGGGGUGCUAAGGGGUACCGAUACUAUAGAUUAUUUCCUCUUCACUAGAG